CAGUGUAACACUAUCGCCACCAUACAAAUGUCAUUUUUGUUGCUUUAAACUUAAGCUGUUGCUAUGAACUUUGACUGUCUUCUUAAACUAAUAUAACUCUGAUACCAUUAUUAGCUGACCAAGGUUUAAUCUUAUAUCAAGUUAAGCGAGAAGCCCUCGAACAUUUCCUUCGAUUAACGAAGAUUGGACAUUUCUUUUAUUUAUUUCCUUCUUAUAGAUCAACCAAUGAAAUUUACGCUGCUAUUUUAUCCGACUAAAGGUUUUCUUUUCAAAAUGUAAAAUAGAUUUCUGGCAUAUCUAGGCGACAUUGGCUCACCAUUUGUCUAGAUUAACUAGACUUGCUGGUUAACUAUCUUAUUAAUUUAUCCUUGCUAAAUUAAUUGACUCGCCUCGCUCAUAAAAUUCGUCGUUGGCAGAUAGCCUUACCAAACUAUGCUGAAUAUGAUUUGCAGAUGGUGCUUCUUUCACCUUUUACUCACUCUAAGCUUCAUCGAAACCGACAGUGCUGUAGAAAAGAAUGCCAUCAGUAAAAAGAGAAAUGUCGGAAGCACUAAAAAUUACAUUGAAACUGGAUCGAAGAACGGCUAUAUCAAUAAAGAAUCUAUUGAUUAUAAAGAUAGCGACGUUGAUAAUAACAUCAACGGAUAUACCAAUGCUGAAGGUGACUCGUUUCAGAGUGUUAAACAACUGCAAUCAGCAGUCCAACGAAAAGAACCUUUUAUUGAUGGCCCAAUCAUCCACAGAUCAAAGCGAUUCAUGCUUCCUCUCGGAACCGGCAGUGACAGACAUAAUCUCUUCAACACUUUUCAUAAGAAACUUGAUAACAUCAGACAAUAUAGAGAGGAAAUGCGAGAUGCUGGUAUGAAGGGUAUUCAUCUUAACUUCCCCUUCUUGAAGGGGCACAACUGGUUAAUGAAUCUAGGAUACCCGUCAGCUCAUUCACAAGGGUGGAAAGGGCCUAGCCAAAGAGUGGUAUGCGGUGACAAAACUUGUCAUAAAGACGCUGAAUGCUAUAGAAGAAAAUGUCGAUGCCGCCGAGGACUGACUGGUGACGGAGUUAACUCGUGUUCCAAUCUGUGCAAAUGUACAGUGUCCGGUGAUCCUCAUUUCCACACAUUUGAUGGUCAAACCAUUCAUCUGAUGAGUGAUUGCAAACACAUUCUUUCUGAAUCACGGAACUUUAAAGAUGGAUGCGAUUUCCGAAUUGAAAUACAGAAUGAAAAACGCGGUACAAAUAAAUUUGUUUCCUGGCCACGCUCAUUAGAUAUACAAAUUUAUAAUGUAACCGUACGCCUUAGUCGUCACAGCAAAAUUUUCAUCAACAAUGAAGAGAAAUUUCUACCCGCCACUAUACUUGGUGGUAAGCUUCGUAUAUUCAAAAGUUCUAAUUCAAUGCAAAUGACCACCGAUUGCGGCAUCCAAGUGAGUUUCAACGGGGACGAUUUAGCCGAGGUCCAAAUUCCACAAAAGUAUCAGGGACGCAUGCGCGGUCUAUGCGGCGAUUGUAACGGCAUCAAGGACGACCUUCGCACUAAAGACAGUCUUGACGUCUCACAUGUGAAGGACAAGUUCUCAAUAAUUGGUCUAAGCUAUUUGGUCAAUGACACCUCAAGCAAUUCAAAGAGCUGUACAACCCACGAUUUCGUGACACACUGCUCCCCGCCAACCAAAGCGUUGUACGCAUCGGCCAUGUACUGUGGAUUCAUCAUCGACAAACAGAGUGUUUUCGCCGAGUGCAAUACAGCCUACACAGACCAGGCGCGACAAUACUUUGAUUCCUGCAUGUUUGACGUGUGCGCCUACGAAUCGGACCAAAAUGCAAUCACGAAGAGCUUAUGCAGCAACAUCGAAGCAUUUGCUCAGUUGUGCCUGGAGUAUGGUUAUACGGUUGACUGGAGAGACAAGGAUUUCUGCCGUAUUGACCCUAAGGAGAAUGAGACAGUGAAUAUAAGCAUUGAAUACUUGUUAAGUUUACUAGUUUUGGCAGUGGACAUGAGUUCUAUGCCUGAACAAUGGCUGUCAGCAAUGCCCAUGCUGAAAUUUCAAGUCAAUAACACUCUGUACUUCCCCAUUAAGACUCUUGCCUACAAAACCAGAAACAACCGAGUGCAGAAUCUCCAGUUUCGCAAUGUGGCAGUCGUUAUUUCAAAAUCACCUUCUCGUAAAGAGAUGUCUAAACAAAGACUACGAGUCUCUCAUUCCGAUGUGUUGGAUGACCGUUGA